AUCCGCAAACAUUAAAAACCCUCAUUUGAAAAUGGUGGCAAAUUUAAUUUCGCCCAAAAACUGGGUGAUCCGUAAAAGAACCGCUGAUUGUACACCACGGACGUUGGUUUAGUCCAUCGGAAUUUCUAAUGCACACUUCCGGCGUACUCUCAUGGACAUCGCCUACCAGAAUCUUCGCAGCUCCUUCUCUCCCUACUUUCCACCGGCGGAGUUUGCUCCGAUGUCUGGUUUUAAGCUCACGACGAAGCUUCAGUUCCCGAUUAUCAUUUCUAGCAAUCUUAGAAGUAAAGAGUUUAAAAGCUUUCGCUAUCGAGUGCGGAAUUCUUCUUUGAUGCUCCAAUAUAUGGUGCCCGAAAAUGAUGGAAAUGGAGAUGAGAAAUUCAAGUCUUUUGGACAUUUGAUUCGUAUUUCACGUUCGUUGUUUUCUGGUGGUAGUUCUAGUUGGUGGAACUUAGAUGAGCAUAAGCAAGUAGAAAUUGGAGCUGCGAAGCCGGUUACUGUUUAUUUAACUCUUCGUCGGAUUUGGAAAUUGGUUUGGGAUAGUAAUCGAUGGGUUCUCCUUGUUGCUUUUGGAGCUUUAACAAUGGCUGCGAUUUCUGAAAUUUCCAUGCCGAACAUAUUGGCAGAAUCUAUUUUUUCUGCUAGCCAUGGCAAGACUGCUGUGUUCACUAUAAAAUUCCGGCUCUUAGUCAUUCUUUCUUUUACAUCGGGGAUAUGCAGUGGACUGCGAAGUGGCUGCUUUGGAGUUGCAAAUAUAAUCUUGGUUAAACGUCUGAGGGAGCUUCUGCACUCAGCUAUUCUCUUUCAGGAUAUAUCCUUCUUUGACAAAGAGACGGUUGGUAAUUUGACAAGCAGACUUGGAGCAGAUUGUCAACAAUUGGCUCAUGUUAUUGGAAAUAAUAUCAAUUUGAUUACACGAAAUGCUCUUCAGGUUGCUACUGGUGCAUUGGCCAAUUUGCUGACAUUAUCUUGGCCUCUUGCAAUAUCUACGCUGGUCAUAUGUUCUGUUCUAUCAGCAAUCUUUCUACUUUAUAGCCGGUAUGUAAUGAGAACAGCCAAGCUGACCCAGGAAUUCACUGCUUGUGCUCAUGAAGUUGCACGUGAAUCACUCACUCUGGUGAAAACCGUCAGGAUCUGUAGUACUGAAAGAAAAGAAGUUGGAAGAUACAAGCAAUGGCUGGACAAGUUAGCUCUUUUAGAUACUCGAGAAAGUGCAGCAUGUGGAUUGUGGAAUAUGAGUUUCAGUACCCUGUAUAGGUCAACUCAGGUUUUUGCUGUACUUCUAGGAGGAAUAUCCAUUCUGAGUGGUCAGACAUCAGCGGAGCAGCUUACAAAGUAUGUCUUGUACUGUGAGUGGUUGGUUUAUGCAACAUGGAGGAUCACAGACAAUCUAUCAUCUUUGCUAUAUUCAAUUGCAGCAAGUGAAACAGUCUUCCAAUUAAUGGAUCUCCUGCCUAGUGAGCAAUUUUUAUCCAAAGGAGUGAAGUUGCAGGAGUUAACGGGAUGUAUUCAGUUUGUGAACGUAUCUUUUCAUUAUCAGCCAAGGGACAUGCUUCUGGAACACAUAAAUAUUACCAUACGGGCUAAUGAAGUAGUAGCACUGGUUGGGCCUAGUGGCUGUGGAAAAAGCACUCUAGUCAAUCUUUUGCUCCGUCUUUAUGAACCAACCAAUGGUCAGAUUUUUAUUGAUGGUACUCCUCUGAGGGAAUUGGAUAUUAGGUGGCUAAGAGAGAAUGUUGGAUAUGUUGGACAGGAACCCAAUCUCUUCCACAUGGACAUCAAGUCAAAUAUAAGAUAUGGCUGUCCUGUGGAUACUACACAAGAGGAUAUAGAAUUGGCUGCAAAGCAAGCAUGUGCUCAUGAAUUUAUCUCAUCUUUCCCCAAUGGCUAUGAUACCAUUGUUGAUGAUAAUCUACUUAGUGGGGGUCAAAAGCAACGGAUUGCUAUAGCUAGGGCCAUUCUUAGAAACCCUGCUAUUUUAAUUCUGGAUGAAGCCACGAGUGCUCUGGAUUCUGAAAGUGAACAUUAUGUUAAGGGGGCUAUUUCUGCAUUAAAAGAUAAUCAAGGUGGACAAAAAACUGUCAUUGUGAUAGCUCAUAGGCUUUCUACCGUAGUUGCUGCCGACAAGAUAUUUGUAAUGGAUAGAGGUCAGGUCAUUGAGACUGGUAACCACGAGGAACUCCUCUGCAAAGAUGGGUACUAUGCUCGAUUGGUCAAAGUACAUAACAAUGCGUUUACUUCAGUCUCUGAUGAACAUCUGGAUUGAUACCAGGUUACGUUUGAUGCUUUUUCCAUUCAGCUGUCUACUAAAUUGCUUUGUGUUAAAUGAUAUGAUAUGUAAUUUACCUUCACCCAUCAACUUAAGUUUUCUAGUCAACCAGUGAUUUAACAUGAUAUCAGAGCAAGAAGGUACUGUAUUCAAAUCCUUGCAAUGUUAUUUCUUUCCUCCCCAAUUAAUAUUAAUUUACCACUUUGAUAGAAUCCGAAAAUAUUGAAAUAAUACAAGAUAACCAAGUGUUCGAGGUACUUGGACCCUCCCAAUCUUGAAAUAACUCUCAAGCCCUGAUUUACUCGCUGCUUAUCUUCUCCAUUCCCCACUCACUAUAUUUAUAGUCAACUUCCCUAACAAACUCUUAGCUAAUUACUAAUAUACCCCUAAUAUUCCUCUAGUACCAUUUCCUAUCACACUUGUUGGGUUUUCUGAAUAGUUCAAGCUUACAAGUGAGGAAGAUUGUUAAAUGAUAUGAUAUUAAAUUUACCUUUACCAUUAACUUAAGCUUUUGGGUCAAUUGGUGAUCUAACAUCUUUACUGAAAUUCUUGAUCACUUUGUGGUAUGUGCAGCAUAAAUUGGCAUUGUUUUCCAUUUAAAAAGGAGAAUAUGACCCAUAAAUCCUCUCAAAGGUUUGUACUGAAAGCUGACUGACAGCUUAUGUGGUGUAACUUCAAACGAGUCCAUCUUUGUCCUCCUUGGCAACUUUACAUUACCUUAAAAGAGAUGAUAGUUGCUUGCUCAAUGUCUCACUGUGAUCCCGAUGUCAGUCGAUACCUGCUCAUAUGGCUCGGUUUCUCAGACAAACGCUAUGGUCCCCUCAGCCAUUGUAGAUUGGUCGAGAUGAUCAACCGGUGAAACAUCCAAGUAUGAGCAUGAAAACGAGUUGAGGUGUAAUUUGUUGUUCCAAAUUGCAAAACAAUCUUGUCUAUCUCCAUGGAAUGUUGGAUUUUGGAGAUAUUCAAUGCGAAUGCAGCACAAUGUCUCAAGUAGAGUUACUCAAGAAUUGCCAAUAGGCAGUUUUCUCUUCCCUGAAGACAGACUUGUGAUAAUCUUGAAACUUUUCUUUUGAAACUUCAUCUUCUUCGAUAUGAAGUUAUCUCUGUAAAGUGGCUUCUAGCACACUGAAUUUUGUAAAAUCUCUAAACUCAUUGAAAAUGUUGGUCAUGAUUUCCCACUUGGCCAUGACUACUCCCAUUUUCAAGUGAAAAUCAAAUCGGUUGGUUUCGAUGUUUAUAUCUG